AUAACUUGACAGGGGCUACUUUAAGCAUAAUAAUUCCUAUGUCUAUCAACUUUAUAUUAUGUCUCUGAAAUAAUACAAAGGGGGGGGAAGAGAGAACCAGGAGUGAAAGGUUUCCUAUAUUUUCCAAAUAAGGAUUCCCGAAAGGAAAGUGAGUGAGAUAAAGCCAGCUGUGCUAGAGAAUGUUAUUAAGAUGUUACUUGAUACAUUCAUUUGGUUAAACUUGGUCGCACUUAACUCGGCGUCUCCCAACCAUACGCCCAUUUAGCCGCUUGGCAGCUCAGUCAAGUCCAAGGCUUCUAGAAGCUGCUAGAUAGUGACAGGCUAAUUUAACAGAUUUAUUAUGCAAGGAUCCUCUAAUAAAUUAUGGUUAAUCUUUUCCUACUGGGAGAAAGCAAGGGACUUCCUAGAGCGGGGAGUCAGGAUAAUGUUCACAGCAGUGCUCUUUAACUAAUACAGAAUUAAUGGACUGAUGAUUGAUACGUUUGCAACAAAUGGGACUGAGUUACUAGUGCAGCUCAAUGAGUUGCUUGAGCAGGAAUUAAGAUAUCAGCCAAAGCUCUCUGGCUUGCGAAUAAUUGAAUCAGCACAUGAUAAUGGGCUCCGGAUGACAGCAAGGUUGCGGGAUUUUGAAGUGAAAGACCUGCUUAGUUUGAUUCAAUUCUUCGGCUUUUGCACAGAGACGUUUUCUCUUGCCGUGAAUUACUUAGAUCGUUUUUUAUCAAAAAUGAAGGUGCAGCCAAAACACUUGGGCUGUGUUGGCUUAAGCUGCUUUUACUUGGCUGUGAAAGUCAUGGAAGAAGAGAGUAAUAUUCCACUAGCUACUGACUUAAUCCGAAUAAGUCAGUAUAGGUUUACUGUUAGUGACCUAAUGAGAAUGGAGGGAAUUCUUUUAGAGAAGCUACAUGGAAAAGUAAAAGCAACAACUGCCUUCCAGUUUCUGCAACUUUAUUGUUCAAUUCUGCGUGACAGCAUCAACUGUGAAAGGAACGAUAAUCUUAAAUUAGAGAGACUUGAAGCCCAACUAAAGGCCUGCCACUGCAGACUUAUUCUUUCAAAAGCAAAGCCUUCAGUAUUGGCACUUUCAAUAAUGGCUCUAGAAGCUGAAGAGGAGAAAGUACCAGAAUUGGUUGAAAUAAUACAGUGUCUCCGAAUACAUUCCAAGAUAAAUAGUAGAGAAUUUUCCUUUUGGAAAGAACUUGUAUCAAAGUGUCUCUCAGAAUAUUCCUCAAGCAAAUGUUCUAAGCCAAGUGGACAAAAGCUAAAAUGGAUUGUGUCUGGUCGCACAGCCCGGCAACUGAAACACAGUUAUUACAGAAUUGCCCAUCUUCCCACAAUCCCAGAAACUGGUCCCUAAAAAGUGGUAAUUGUAAAGAAGAGAGGAUGGGACAUUGUCUGGCAACAUACGUUUAAUCAACAAGGAUAUAAGCUUUCUGGUGCUGAAACAGAAUUUCUUGGAUUCUUCUGACUUAUGGAAAGUCUGAUUUCAUGAAUAUCAAACUCCAACCACAUUUUUUAAAGUUUUGAACUAUACAACAAUAUAGUGUGUUGCCACAAGACUCUUAAUUUUCUCAAGGUUCUUAACAAAACUGAAGACUUUUUUUUAUAAAACGUUUGGGGCUAAAUUACAAACAAGUCAGCUGCUUUUGUUUUGAUCUGCCCUAUGGAAAUGUGAAAACAUGAGUCAAGCUUGACCCUUAAUUCUGCACUUCUGAACUAAAUGGUGGUAGAAAAUGAAAAUGAAUAUAACCAUCACUAAACUAGUAAAACUAGUAAACCUAGUAAAACUAAACUAGUAAAAUAGAUAUGCAUGUAUUUUCAAGUGAGAGUAGGAACAUUACUAAGGGAAAGAAAGUUACGACAUCUAAUUCAUGGCAAUGGUAAUGAUUGAGAAACUAUAACAUAAAAUUGCAAAUCAAUCCAAAAUUAGAUAAUUCCUUUAAACCAGAAGUGGGGAACUACGGCCCCUUUAUGAGCAUGGCUGCCUCAGGAAUUUUGGGAGUUUAAGUCCACAAAUCAUAAGAGAGUCAUAGUUCCCCAUCUCUGCUUUAAACCUUGAUUUACAUUAGAGGUUGGCAACUGGAUUAAAGAUAUGUUGGUCCUAGAUCAUACUCAGUUCAAGAGCCAAAUUUAGAGGUCUGUAUUUACAGUGUAUUAACAUAAAGAAUACAUUUUUAGCAAGUAUCAUUACAGUUCAGAUUGUAGCCAAGUAUAUUUGAAAGAAGUUGGAAGGUCACUGUGGAAAUUAAAGCUGUUUGAAGAAUGCAAGUCAAGGCACCAGCUGAGAAUGUGGGCAAUGCCUAAAAAUAGAAUUAACAUUUUAAAUUUCUCCAACUGUUUCACCUCAGUCUUUAGUUCUGCUUGCAUGUACCAAAAUUGGUGGGGCAAAUUAAGCAUAAUUCAAGACCUCAGCAUUUCACUGCAAACUGAAGCUUAAUUUUACUGCACUUUCCUGGUUUGGAUUAAACUUUUUUUAUGGGUUGCUAUUAGAACCAUAAAAAGUUCUAUGUUUAUAUUAAGCAUGUAUUUUGGGAAGUGUGUCUCUGAUUUUGGAUUACCACCAAGUUUUCAGUAAAUGUGUUAAAUAAUUUCAAACCAUAGAAUUUAGCGUUAUGUUACUUUAAACAGUUUUAAUUAUCUUUCCAAUUUAUGUAUUCUACCAUACCAUAGUGUGUACUGCUUUGUUCAGCCCAAAGUUAGAGUGAAUUUUAUUAGGAAGAACUUUGGGAGCUGAUGCUAAAAGCUAGGCAGGAUUAAACUACUAUUUUGCUCAUUCUAUUUAUAAUUAUCAGUUGAUUGAAAUGAGAUGGCUAAACCAGCACAAAUUGUGCAUUGCAAUUUCUUGAAUGUUAAAAGCCUAAGGAAGCAACAGUUGCUACCCAGCAAUGAUCUGUUAAAUCAACUGUCAACAUGUUCAAUAGCUUUUGGACUUUGGUUCUUUUUAAUUAAUCACUUUUUGCAAUAUCUGUUUGUAGUUGUGUUCAAUUUAGUAUUCUCCCUAAGUUAUUUUAUGGGAAUUUUACUGGUUGUUUAAAUUGCCACAAGAAAAACUGGAAAGAUAAUGCAACAAUUCUUAUCUUUUUAAUUUUAGCACAUAUACCAUUGAUGUAAUUUCACAUUGUCCUAAUGGCUCACUUAAAGCUGGCUGGCUUGUCUUUAGAAUCAAAGUAACAAAUUUAGGAGACUUACUACAAUUACAGAAAUCUGAAGACUUGUUUUUGGUUUAACCCAGCAUUUGGACAAACCAUUUACUUCUACCUCAUUGCAAGCUGCUCUUCAGAACAAAACUGAUGGGAAGUUUACUCAAACUAUCAUUUUUAUGGAUGUUAUUAAAUUGAAUUUGUAUCUUAUAUGCCUUUAGUAUUUGAAGAUUGAAACUGAACAAUGUUCAAUAAGAUGUUUACAAUGUCAAAAAGGAACAAACUCGUUAUCAAAAUGUCCUAUUAUGCCUAUAAGCAACAAGAGUACCUUUCAAUAAAACACAUUGAAAUGGAAUUGCUUGAAUUGAUUUGAUGGCCUUGGAUUGUGAAAGUAACUCGCUUAAAGAAAAAUAUUUUCCAAAAUGUGUUAAUAUUUAUUGUGCUUUAAACAAGGCUAUAUGUUGAGAUAUGUAGCCUGUGUUUACAAGACCUGGUUAUGCCGGAUCAGACACAUACCUGGAACACACUUUGCUAGCAAUCAUUGUAGCACACCUUUGAUGCUCUCUCAGCGAUUGCUUUCAGAAAGCAGAAAGAAAAACUUUCAGAAAAAGUAAUUUCUGCAGCCUAAUAGAAUUGAUUCCACUACAGAUGGGCUUCCGGGAACUUACCUUGGCUCUAAAAUAGAUCAACUAACUUGGAUUUGGAAAUGGGUGUUGUGUGAAUUCAGUUACUCCAGUCCUAGAUUAUGGAUAGCAAUAGCAUUCAAUUAUAUUCUGUUCCAUAUUGCUUUACACAUGCUCUGAGCAUUUUACGACGUCAGCAUAUUGCCCCAAACAAUCUGGGUCCUCAUUUUACUGAACUCGGAAGAUCAGUAAAACGGAAAGCUGAAUCAACCUUGAGCUGGUUAGGAUUAAACUCCUGGCUGUGGACUGUUAGCCUGCAAUACUGCACCAAUGGUGAUUAGAUGUUUUGGAUUUCUGCUUCCAGUCAUCUGGGCCACUGUGGCCAAUAAUAAAAAAUAUAUCUUGAAGUCCGCAGAUGAUAUUAGCCUAGAUUUAAGGCAUUUAAUUAAGAGCACCAAUUUGGAACCCUACCUGUAGAGAACGAUAAAACCACGUACAACUGUGUUCAAGGAUUUAAACUCCCCUGUUCAAGUAGUACAUUUCAGUGAAUACAAUUUUCCUGCAAAUUUGAACGCAUAAUCACAAUUGUUUAGAGAUUCAAAAAAAAUGUAAAAUAGGGCAAAUGCAGAAGUCUGGAUACUGACUACACUCAAUAGUCAUUGUAGAAUCAGAUGGCAUACGAGUUUAAAAAAUUACACCUAUGGCAUAAAUAACAGCUUUCAGGUUUCCUGUAGCCAGCUAAGAAUUUCUUGUGGAAUUUUUCCCACACCCCU